AUGAAGACCCUGCUAGUCACUCUAGUACUUGGAAUCAUUUGUGCUGCUCAGGACUCCCUCUUGCAGGAUCCUUGUACACAGGUUACCGGACCAUGGCGUACCACCUACACAGCAUCUGAUAAUAAGGAGGCAAUAGAAGAAAACCAUCCCAUGAGAGUUUACUUCCGUUACAUGCAGUGCAUGAGUUUAGGAUUAGCAAUACGGGUUGACUUUUACAGCAAAGAAAAUGACCAAUGCAUUCUCCAACAUCAACUGGGACUGAAGACAAGCGAAAACUUUUACACAACAAACUAUGCAGGCAUGGUUGACUUCACUAUCCUUUAUUACUCAGACCGUUUCAUGGUGAUGUAUGGCAUCAACACGAACAAUGGCAAGACCUCCAAAGUCAUUGGUGCUAUAACCCAAAAUGAUGACAUCAGCGACGCAGAAUAUCAGAUAUUCCUGUCUUUGACGAAAGCAAAGGAGAUCCCAGAAGAUAGUAUUAUCAAAGUCAUUGAAACAGAUACCUGCCCCGAUAAUUACUAUUAA